AUGGCAAAAAUAGCAGCGACUGGCUGGCGCUAUGCCCGUAGUGGCCCGCUUAGUUCGGUUCUUAAAAUUGAGAACUAUGAGCUGCGACCCACCGAGAAUGAGGCUGUUGUUCAGAUUAUGUCUGCACCACUUCACCGCGUGGAUGCGGCUAUCAUCAAUGGAACUGCCCUGGGUCGGAAGCGUGUUAAUAUAAAUCAUUUUCCCCGCGUUGCAGGUUGCGAAGGUGUUGGUAAGGUGACAUGGAUUUCAAAGAAGUGUACGGAUUCACUCGUGAAAGUUGGUGAUAUGGUAUGGGUUGCUCCGCUACACGGUACUUGGGCGAAUGCUAUUGCUGUACCUCCUACCUGCUUACACAGGAUAGAUCCCGCAUACGCCUCGUUAGCCGUGAAUGCCUCGAACUACUUAGCCGCACAGCACCUUCUUGAGGGCUACGCGCGCUUACGGAAAGACCAAGUAGUGAUCCAAAAUGGUGGCAGCAGCGUGACUUCUUUGGCGGUUUCCGCCCUGGCCAGGACACAGGGCUUAAAAGUGCUCACAGCGGCCUCCCCCUCUGAGCGUUUUGCUGACGCAAAGGGACGACAUGCGGCAUUCGGGUCAGAGGUGUUCGAGUAUAAUGCGAAAGGAGCGCGCGAGAUGGAAAAAGUCCUUGGAAACGGACGGGGGGCUGCUUUGUAUCUCAAUGGUGUUGGUGGACGCUUCUUUGACUACUUUAUGAGGCUCGUAGCUCCCGGAGGUGAGGUUGUGACAUACGGUGCACAAAAUAGCUUUGGUUUGAUGCUUUCUGGGUCUAGUUUUAUUUCAAGAGAGAUAACAAUGCAGGGAUUUUUUCUUCCCACCUACUUAGAUUCACUUAGUUAUCAAGAACGCCAGACACAGCUAGACUUCGUUCUCCGCGCGUUAGCAUUGGAAAAGUUUGAAUACCCUGUUUUAACCGCUGAGUCAUUAGAGAAGCUACCGGAAGUGUGGGAUGAGCUCUUCGUGCGGGGGGGACGAAAAGGUGUACUAAAGUUGUUCGAAUAA